AUGUCGCCCUCCAAGAGGCCCCUUCUAGCCGAUGAAGAGCUUGGAAAGAAAGAUGACGACCACAGGCCGACGACAUCAUUAGAGCAGCAAUGGCAACCAAAGUCAUGGAAGCGUCCGCGGCGCCGGCGCAUAUUCCUUGCCCUUUUUAUGCUGUACAUGGUCUAUCUAUUUUUCAAAAACAUGCCAACGGACCUUCCGUCUGCAAGAGAGCGCAUGAAAUCCAGAUUACCUCCGUCACAACAUGUUCUGCCUGGGGAAGCUCCUCCACCUGGAAUGGCUUCAACCCACCCUCCUCCGAGGGGCGAGUCCGGCCUUGAGAAUAAGGACGAAUACUAUUACGAGGGACAGAUACAGUUUUACGAGCUGGGAAAGUCAUUGAAGCUAUUUCAACCAUCUGCCCGCCCGACUACAUCCAACAGUGUAAUUUUCGCGGCUUCGAGUUUGGGGAGUGUUUCGGACCUUUUACCGCUUGCGUGUCGCAUGGUGGAGGUUAAACUGAACAAAGUGCACUUUUUGCUGAUGGGAAGGGAUGAUAUUUCGAUCGAGGACAUUCAAAGGGUUAAUGGCCUGGCGCAUACACGCUGUCCGAUCCACUGGCAUGAUGCUCGCGUCGAUUAUGCCCGAUGGUCCACCGAUGCUCGUAUGGAGGAGGCUGUGGCCGCCGUUCUGCCGUAUAUUCAGACAUAUCUCAAGCCACAAGUUCUCGUUACACAAGGAGAUUCCUGGGAAGACUCGUACUUCUUGAGGGGACUUCAAAAAGCACGCAAUCUUGGGGUACCACACAUCAAACUCACUCAUGCUGCAAGGGACCUAAUGUGGCUAGCUUCUCUUGACAGUACUGCUCUUCGAUCUUGGAAUGAUGUCCACGUCGAGUUUCUUAUUCAGGCUCCGCGUAAUUCUGCAGGAUCGAUUAUCAAAUUGAUUCGGUCCUUAGAGCGUGCGGACUUCCUUGGAUGUAGCCCGAGCCUAACUAUUGAGCUUCCGUCUCAAGUAGAUUCGGGACUCUUACACUUUCUUGAGAAACUCAAAUGGCUUUCUGACACGCCUGGCAAGUUGACUCUUCGCCGACGGAUUGGCCUGCACGAGAUGACCCCUCAUGAGGCAGCUUUACGCGCCGUUGAAGCCUUCUAUCCGAGAAACCCUUUGCUAUCGCAUGUCCUUGUACUCUCGCCGGACAUGGAGCUAGCCCCAUGUUUUUUCCACUACUUGAUGUAUAUCAUCCUAAGCUACCGACAUUCGACUCGCUCUCAGACGAUACAUUCAGACCUCUUUGGGGUCUCACUCGAGCUCCCAUCGUUACAGCUUACCAAUGAUGAGCCUUUCGAGCAGCUCAAUCUUGACAAGACUCAGUUUGCUAAGCAGAAUAUCCUAGGCUCACUGCCCCUAUUCUUAUGGCAGGCCCCGAAUAGCAAUGCCGCCCUAUAUUUCGGUGACAAAUGGGCGGAGCUGCAUUCGUUCCUUUCUCAGCGACUUGCAGCGAAAGAUACAGCUGGAAAACCUCCAAAGCAGGAAAAGGUUAUCUCAAGAAGAUAUCCUGCCUUCCUAGAGUUCAUGCACGAGCUGCUCCGUGCCCGAGGAUAUUAUCUACUCUACCCGGCGUUUCCCGUUAAUGGACGACUUUCUAUUGCAAAAUUCCACGAUGACCUAUUCCAGAUUCCUGAGGAAUUUGCGAAGGAUAUCUCCGAGUCUCUCUCGAACGGCCGUCAGGUAUUCGCGUCCUCCGAGAGAUCCCUCAGCGAAGCUUCAACCCUGAUGCCGCUUCUGGAUACAUUCUCGUUGGAGCCGCCUGAUAUCAGUCAUUUACCGCUGCUCUCGGACCGAGGCAAAGAGAUAUCAGGGUCUGACUUCGCUCACGAUACGGAGAACUAUCUGAGAGGAUUCCGAGUACGUUAUGGAGGUUGUCCUGAGGACUUGCUUGCGGAUAAUAUGAGCGCAGAGGAACUAUUCUGCAAAGAAUAA